GGCCCGCCGAGGUGGCGGCGGCGGCGGCGGCAAGAUGGCGGACUUCCUGCCGUCGCGGUCCGUGCUGUCCGUGUGCUUCCCCGGCUGCGUGCUGACGAGCGGCGAGGCCGAGCAGCAGCGCAAGUCCAAGGAGAUCGACAAAUGUCUGUCGCGGGAGAAGACCUACGUGAAGCGGCUCGUGAAGAUCCUGCUGCUGGGCGCGGGCGAGAGCGGCAAGUCCACCUUUCUGAAGCAGAUGCGGAUCAUCCACGGGCAGGACUUCGACCAGCGCGCGCGCGAGGAGUUUCGCCCCACCAUCUACAGCAACGUGAUCAAAGGUAUGAGGGUGCUGGUAGAUGCUCGAGAGAAGCUUCAUAUUCCUUGGGGAGAUAACUCAAACCAGCUCAACGGAGACAAAAUGAUGUCAUUUGACACCCGGUCCACCCUGGCGGCACAGGGAAUGGUGGAAACUCGAGUUUUUUUACAAUAUCUUCCGGCUAUAAGAGCGUUAUGGGCAGACAGCGGCAUACAGAAUGCCUAUGACCGGCGUCGAGAAUUUCAGCUGGGUGAAUCUGUAAAAUAUUUCCUGGAUAACUUGGAGAAACUUGGAGAACCAGAUUAUAUUCCGUCACAACAAGAUAUUCUGUUUGCCAGAAGGCCCACCAAAGGCAUUCAUGAGUACGACUUUGAAAUUAAAAAUGUUCCUUUUAAAAUGGUUGAUGUAGGUGGUCAAAGAUCAGAAAGAAAACGUUGGUUUGAAUGCUUCGACAGUGUGACGUCGAUACUUUUCCUUGUUUCCUCAAGUGAAUUUGACCAGGUGCUUAUGGAAGAUCGACUGACCAAUCGCCUUACAGAAUCUCUGAACAUUUUUGAAACCAUCGUCAAUAACCGGGUUUUCAGCAACGUCUCCAUAAUUCUCUUCUUAAACAAGACAGAUUUGCUUGAGGAGAAAGUGCAAAUUGUGAGCAUCAAAGACUAUUUCUUAGAAUUUGAAGGGGAUCCCCACUGCUUAAGAGACGUCCAAAAAUUCCUGGUGGAAUGUUUCCGUAACAAACGCCGGGACCAGCAGCAGAAGCCCUUGUACCACCACUUCACCACUGCUAUCGACACGGAGAACAUCCGCCUCGUUUUCCGCGACGUGAAGGAUACUAUCCUUCAUGACAACCUCAAGCAGCUCAUGCUACAGUGAUGUACAGAAGACUGGCUAUUUUAAUACCUUUUUUGUCUUUUUGAUUGUUUUCUGUUUUGUUUUUUAAAAUAGUUUACAACAGGAAUUAGAAAAACCUUGGUUCUAUGUUUAACUCCUUGGAAAUCUGAGUCCUCCUCCUGCGGACUUUGGUUGUGGCUGCAGCUACUGAAUGACAUCGGCAGUGCGUGCUGAAGUUCAGGCUUUGAUCUGCUUCACUGUGGCUUCCAUUAGAGUGGAGUUGUAAUCUCCUGCCAUACCUCAGAUGAGGUAUAUUUCGGGCUUUAAGUUCUUCCACUUUUCAGACUGAAUUCUCCUGUAGUGCCAAGUAUAGAAGGUGUCCUUAAAUAUUUGUAGGUAUGAGAUUAAGAAUAUUCAGUUCUUAAACAAGUAAGAUAUCUUUUGUCUGCCCUGCACAUAGCAGCGAUACUUGUGCCUAGCUUUAUGGUGACUUAUUUUGAAAGGGCUAUUGGAAAACAUUUCGAUCCUAGAAAUGACAUUCUGUAGAUUGACACAGAUUUAGCCUUCAUGUAUUUUUAAUUGCUUAUAUACAUCGGUUGUUUUGUUUCUCAGUUUCUGUGGUUUCUAAAGGUAAUGUUUUUAGUGUUUUAAAGUUUACAUAAGGAUUUCUGGUUUGAUGCUAAUAAAAGUUCACAAAUGGUACGAGAGAGCACAAGGCAAGCAAGUGCCAUAUAUAGUGUUUUGAUCAAAAUUAUUAGUGAAAUAUAAUUUGCCCUUUUCAUAUUUAAAUAUCAUGUGACAAAAGUGCCAUAUGUUAAACAUUCUGGCCAUAGCAGUAUCUAAAACUGGCAAGCAACUGGUUGAUAACAGAAUUUUCGGAAUAAACAUACCCUUUCUAGAAUGUUACAUGUUUUACUCUCAGACUUUUAAAUCUGUCUCAGAUGAUUUGGGGCCUUACUGUAGGAAGUCAGUGUUGGCCCAUCACAAACAUCUUUCUUUUGUGCUCCUGUCUUAUUCCCAUCAACUCAGACUGUGGCAUUUAUGGGAUUUUUGUUCAUUUGGAGCUUGCCAGUGACAGUAUUUUCUUGUCAAACUAUUCAAGAUAGUAUUAUUUCAGAUUCUUGAUCAUUCUUAGUAGUCUCUAAAAGACAUAGUAUGUACAUGUUUGUAUCAUUGUUUAUGAAAUUCCAGCUUUAUUGAUGUACAUUUGGAGUGUUUUAAGGAUACUACUAAGAGUAAAUAAUUUUUUUAGUUCACACUAAAAGAUGAUUGCAUUUAACCUCCCUCCAUCACUUACCAAAAGAAAACAUGCCCAAGAAGUAGCUUUGUGAUUACAAACCCAUUCCCGGCGAACUUGUCACCGUGGCUGGUUUGCUCUACUGGAAGUACUGCCUUGUAGAUUGUGCGUGGUGUUAGGGUUGGAUUAGAGAAACAGAUGGACGAGACUGGUGGCAGUCUGGAAAGUUUGGCAGCUUUUUUCCUUAUCCUGAAAAUUGUGAUUAGGACCGUACCUAUCACUUUAUAGCUGACUGUGUUCUCAGGUAUGUUAUUGGCUAGAAAUUUCUUGAAAGAUGAGUCAAUGUAAGUCACCCAGCCUUUCCAGAACAGUGGCUGUUGGUCUGUCUUGCUGUCUAGUGUGAGAGUAGGGCUUUUCAGCGAGCAAAACAGGGACUGACUUUUCUUGCAUUUGAAGUUACCCCAUGAAUCAUGUCCUUGAUCACUUCUAGAGUUUUCAGGCCCUGGUGAUAAUGACCUACAGGUCUGUAGCCCAGCAUGAUAAAGCCAGUUCAUAGUAUAGGUCGUGCAUACUGUGUUUGCAUAGUUUCACAGCUAGUGCUUCUUUCUAAAAAGAAUACUUUGUUCAAAUCCAGUUAGAAUGAUUUCAGUGCUGGUGAUGACAUUUAGACUUUUUGGUUGAGUGUAAAUUUAGCAGAGUUUUAUUGAAUGGCCAAAACAAUAUUUAACUCCAGCGAAAGCUGAAGUAAGUUCCCUGUGUAAAGAGCAAACUUAGUCUAUUUACAUUAUAUUUAAGAUCUGGCAAUGUGAACAGUAAAUACCACCUGACAAAGCAGAAAUCGGCAUGUUUCCCCACGUUGCCCACCACCAAGAAAUGUUGAAACACCAAAUAGAUAUGGUAUUAUUUUGGGCAUUUGCGAUUUUCUUUCCUGGUGCAUGUGAUGUCUCAGAGUCAACAUUCUUUUAUAGUGAAAUCUAGACUGUAUUUUGAGGCAGUAAAUUACUUAUAUUUAAUGACAGGCUUCUUUAGACACUCAGUAGAACUGUAAGAUUCAAUCUGAAAGCUUUAGUCCAUACUUUUUAUAUCCUGUAUUUUUUAAACCAUUUGAAGGAGUCAUUAUACCUUUAUCAUGAAAACCAGAUCCUUUUGAAAUACCACUAUAUAAAGAGGGAGGUGAAAUUUAAUGAACAAAAUUAAAAGGGUGUUUAGUUUUCACUGUGCCAGGUUCCCCAUAAUCUCUAAAAAAGUGAUUUAAAUUGAAAGGUUUUUGAUGUGUUAGGUUUUCUAAGUCUUCAUGGUUAUGAUUUGGAAUAAAAUGUGCCUAAUUCUAUAUUACAUUCUGUUCGUAAACCUGAAUGUCUUCUCAUUUAAUUCUUAGGAAAUAUCACACAAGUGUCUUCAUUGACCUUGAAAAAAUUUAUAGUAUACACAGUUGCCUUAUAAAUGAAAAAACACCACAAAUUUAAGCCUUGAUUUUUAUAGGGAAAUGUUUUGUCAAAUGUUUUCUGAAUAUCCAAAUAAUUUAAGGCAUACUUCUGCACGCCUUAGAAGAUAUUAUUUUUAAUAAGCUGAAUUGUUGCUUUCUGCCAAAUAUUAGGUUGAAAUCUUUAUUUCAAUCUUACUGUCUGCAAAGGGCACUUGGUGGCUAGAGAGCAGUCACAACCCACGAAGGCAAGGUGGAGUGAAAAAGAUUCUUCGCUUUUGUUUCUUUGAAGUUUCGUUGGCAUGUGUUUUACAGAGUGACGGUCCUCUGGUGAAUCCCUCAAGUGAGGUAGGUAGUUUAGGGAAAUCCUCGUUCAGUCGGUGGCAGUGGUUGGUUUAAAGUGGAAGGAAGGAAGGAAGAUGACCGUAAUACCAGAAAUGAUUAGAAGUAUUGAUUUAGAUUCAACAGAAUUCACAUGCUCUCUAAUUUUUUAUAAGAAAGAAUGAGUAAAUCUUACCUUCCCAAUGUAUACCCAAAUACUUGUAUUUAUGCUUUUGAUGAAAUGUAUUUUCAGCCAUUAGCACACAUAUCCGGUUAUGCCUUAUUUAUAUGAAGAAUAAAGUUACCAAGUUAUGUUCUCUUGUGUUCUGAAAGUCAAAUCGCUAUUUGAGAAGCCCUCAAAUUGGUGCUUUCAUUAUAUAAUGAUACAUUUAGACAAAACCCCAAACCAAGCCGUUUGAAACAAAAUUCUCUCCAUUGCAAUUUGUAGCAAUGUUAUUUCUGUAUGUGUAAUGAGAAGGCUAAAUAUCAGUGUUAACUCUUAAUUUCUGUUUGAAUCCUUGAAAUCAUGCCUGUAAAGCUCCAUCAAAUAUUUGUAACAAACUCCCUAAUAAAUCUAGAGAAAGUCA